AUGGCGCUCACCAGCUGGAAGGAGUUUCCCUUCUUUGAUGCUGCCCAAGUACCUGUUCCCGCUGAUGAGGACGGGUCAUACGUCUUUGAUAAUGAUGUCGUGUCAUUAGCAACCGGCUUUGGCUCCCUGUUCCUUGGUUCUUCCGACGGCUCUGUCCGUAUUCUUUCCCGUGCCCUCAAAGUCGUGCGCAGUUUCCGCGCCGCAGACGCCGUAGAUGCUUCAGUCACACAUCUGAGACAAAUACCCGACACUCCCUUCCUUGUUACUAUUUCGGAGAAUCUAUCCAGCGACCCAUUGCUCAAAGUCUGGGCUUUGGACAAGACGGAGAAGAAGACAGGUGCUCCGCGGUGUCUCUGCACAGUAGGAGUCCAGAAUGGACGGAGGCAGUUUCCCGUGUCCGCUCUGGUGGUCUUGGACGACUUGAGCCAAGUGGCAGUUGGCUUUGCAAAUGGAUCCGUCACUGUCAUACGCGGAGACUUCGUCCACGAUCGAGGAACAAAACAACGGAUUGUCUUCGAGUCCGAGGAUCCGGUGACAGGAUUAGAGGUUAGACAAGGCUCCCUCAAGGUUCUGUAUAUCGCCACGACAGCGAAAAUCUGCAGUCUUAUCAUUUCGGGCAAAGGCCAGGGUCAACCGGUACGGACGGUCGACAAUCGGGGCUGCAAUGUCGGUUGUAUAACACAAGACCCGGAAACUGGAGAUAUCGUUGUUGCGCGCGCAGAUGCCAUAUACUACUACGGUCCAAGCGGACGCGGACCCAGCUAUGCCUUCGAGGGACCGAAAAAGAUUGUGAAAAUGUACAAGGACUACGUCGCUGUGGUCUGUCCACCUCGGGUUGCACAGGUAUCCAAGUCAAAAACCUUCAGGAAGCUUGGAGGUGACGAGAUUGAUGAGCUAUUCUCUAGCUCUUCCUUUACAUUGCUUGACACUGACUUGAAGUUCAUCGCACACAACGAGUCGCUACCUGCGCAAGUCAAAGACGUUUUUGCAGGAUGGGAUGAGCUCUUCUUGUUGACCGUGGAUGGAAAGCUAUACAAAUACCAAGAGAAGACGCUGCAGCAGAAGCUCGAAAUUUUGUAUGAGCGGAAUCUCUACCUUUACGCCAUCAACCUGGCACAAAAGGCCGGGGCUGACAAAACACAACAAAAUAUCAUCUUUCGAAAAUAUGGUGACUACUUGUAUCAAAAAGGCGACUACGACACGGCGAUGCAGCAGUAUCUCAGAGCGAUUGAGAACACUGAACCGUCCCAGGUCAUUCGACGGUUCCUCGACACUCAAAGAAUACACAAUCUGAUUGAUUAUCUGGAGGAGUUGCAUGAGCAUGACAGAGCCACCGCAGAUCAUACGACGUUGUUGUUGAAUUGCUAUGCAAAAUUGAAGGAUACGGACAAAUUGGACGCGUUCAUACGAACCCCUGGAACGGCCAAGUUUGACCUCGAGACGGCAAUUGCGAUGUGUCGACAAGGAGGAUACUUUGACCAGGCCGCAUAUCUUGCCACAAAGCAUGGCGAGAAUGAAUUGGUCAUCGACAUUCUGAUAGAAGAUUCCAAGAAAUAUGCGGAAGCAUUGCAGUAUAUCUGGCGUCUUGACCCCUACUUGGCGUAUCCGGUGUUGAUGAAGUACGCACGCAGCCUGAUCGAACACUGUCCAGAAGACACGACCAAGCUUUUCAUCGAGUACUACACGGGGCGAUAUGCUCCAAGGAAAGACGUGCCGGCCGUGUCCGAAGUCCAGGCACAAACCGGUGGAAGUGCUUUCCAGACACUCUCGGCCUUGUGGACCUUACCAUUCAUGACCCGGUCUUCUACCUCGGAGAUGACGGCUCCGGCAAGCCAAGACCAACUGGGCAGCGAUGAGGCUUCGGCUCCCGCUGAACAAAAGCCUCCAUCUUACACGAUACCGAAGCCUCGGACUGCCUUUUCGUGCUUCCUAGCUCAUCCAUCAGAAUUCAUCACCUUUCUAGAAGCCUUAAUUCUCCAAGAAAAUUUGUCCAAGGAGGACAGGUCGGAUCUGUCAACCACUUUGUUCGAGAUGUACCUAGAGGCCGCGAACACGGCCACGGACAACGCAGAGAAAGAAAAGUGGCAGGUAAAGGCCAUCAGCCUGAUCGCUGAUAAUCAAACAGAGUCGUUGGACGAAUCCUCCAUUGACACGUCAAAUGUCCUCCUUCUCUCGUCUCUGUCCAAAUUUCCGGCAGGUACGACACUCGUGAGAGAACGGGAAAACUUGUAUGCCGAUAUAUUUCGGUCCUAUACUUCGGCGAAAGACACCUCUGGCGCGAUAUCAUCACUCAGAAAAUACGGAUCCAAGGAUCCCUCGCUGUACCCGCUUGCCCUUGGCUAUUUCUCCUCAUCCGCCGAUGUCCUAAAGGAACCUGGAGUUAAGGAAGAAUUGCAAAAUGUUUUGAAGAAGAUCGAUCAGGAGAAUCUCAUGGCGCCUCUCCAGGUGGUGAAAGUGCUGUCGCAAGGCGGCGCUGUAACCAUGGGUAUGGUCAAAGCAUACCUGUCGGACAACAUAUCUAGGGAGCGCAAGGAAAUACAGGCCAACCGACGAUUAAUCGACUCCUACCGGACAGAGACCGCCGCCAAGAAGUCUGAGCUUUCCGAUCUCAACUCGAAACCGGUAGUGUUUCAGGCGCGGCGGUGCUCGUCAUGCAGUCGAAACCUUACACUGCCCACAGUUCAUUUCAUGUGUAAGCACUCGUUCCACCAGGAAUGCUUGAACAACCCAGGCGCAGGGGUGGAAGGGGAUGAUCAUGUGGAGUGUCCUAUUUGCAAACCAGGCAACGACACGAUAAGGGCAAUCCGACGGCAGCAACUGGAGAGCACCGAGCAACACGACUUGUUCAAAGCAGCGCUGGAAAGGAGUCACCACCGAUUCGGCACGGUGGCCGAGUUCUUCGGGCGGGGAGUCAUGACCACAGCACCGACAGUAGACUGA